AUGGCGGAGGAUCAGGACUUGGAGUGGUUGAGCUGGCAGAGUUUAUCGGCGUCUCGGAUUUCGGCUUUCCUCUUUCGGAUGGAGCAGGGGCCCAGCUCGGAGGAGGCAGCGGUGCUGGCGCAAGCGGCGGAGGCAGCGCUCAAGGAGCUGGAGCCAGAGCCGCUCCAGGCGAAGGAGCCGCCCCGGGAGGACGCAGCACUGCGCAGUAGCUGGCGGGUGCGCAUCGCGGCGCUCGAGAGGAAGGUGGCCUCGGAGAAGUCGCGGCGUGGCACCACCAGCGUGCCUUGCGUGGCGUCGGAGGACGUCACUGAGCUGGAAGAGGUGGCCAAGGCAGUGGUUGCGUACAGGGAUGAGUUGAAGAAGGCGGGCUACACCAACAAAACUUUGAAGGACGACUUCGAGCUCAAAGACAUUGAAGACCGCCUGGACCAGCUCUCGGAGUCCUUGCUGAGCCCCAAGCGCUUUGUGGAUCCCGAGGAUGCGCCGAAGGGUCCAGACAUGAAGCUGGUGGUGCAGCAGCUGGCGCAGCGCGAGCGCCAGCUGGUGCUGCGCCUGGCGCAGCGCCACGACGGCCUCAGCCCCUCAGAGUCCAAGGAGCUGGAGCAACUGAUCCUCAACGUAACGGAGCGCAAGGCUCACCUGAGCACAGAAGGCCUAUCCCAGGCGGAGCAGGACAAAGACGAGCAGGUGAUGAACUGGCUCAUUCGGCUGCAGGAGCUGCGCAGCAAGGAAGUGCAGGACAAAAAGCGCACCAAGGCCCACGGCAAGGAGGUGGAGGCGGAUAUGGAGGAACUCGAACAGCUCGAGGAAGACCUGCAGAAGUUGAAGCGCCAGCUUAAGGACGAGCAAGAUUGGAGCAAGAAGGACUUGAAGCAUGAUCCCACGAUUUGUGAAUUGACGGAGAGGCUGGUGGUGCUGCGCAAACUUGGUGGCGCCUAA